UAGGGAGGCGUGGGGUGAAAACAUGUCAUACUCUUGUCAUACUCGCAGCAGCAGAGCUAUGCGUUUAUAAAAAGCUGCUGUUGUUUGUUCUGUAACUGGACUCCUGGAGGAUGAGCUGCUCAGGACCAACACAACUAUUCUUAGACCUUUUGUUGUGCUGACGGCCGACAGGCUGCCGACAUGUGGAAGGUCAAACCUCCAGUUGCUUUUCCAAUGGAGAUGAGGUACCGGCCCAUUUUGGAGAGUCUGGUCCCCCCCGACCCCAUGACCCGGCUCCACCUGAGGAGACUUUCUCCAGAGGAGGAGUUUCCUGACCUGAGCAGGAACUACACCCGGAUGGGACGGAUCCUCACGCUGGCCAUGUACAGCCGCCAGUUCAACCGCUGCACCCAGAGCGGAGUCAUGUUCGAUGACGUCAUCCGCCCGGGCCUCGAGGAACCAGGUGAUUGGUGCAGCCCUGUAUCUGUGGGCUGCGUUGCGGGCGACGCUGAGUGCUACAUCCUGUUCUGUAAGUUCUUCGACCGAGUCAUCGAGGCGCAUCACCAACACAAGAUCACCGGACAGACGCCAGAGAGAGACUUCAACCACGACAACUUAAAGGGGGGUGAUGACUUGGACAGGUCGUACGCCGUGCGCUGUGAGAUGAGUGUCGUCAGAGGCGUCGAGGACUUAUGCUUCCCGACACACUGCAGCCGAGGAGAGCGCAGACAGCUCCUCACACUGGCCAGGAGAGCUCUGCAGCGGCUGGAGGAGGAGGAGCUGCCGGGUCGACUCCUCUUACUGGAGGAGCUGAACGAGGAGCAGCAGAAGGAGCUGAACCUUGACCCUCCGUCCUCCUCUCAGCUCCGUAUCGGCGUGGCCCGGGACUGGCCCGACGCCAGGGCAGUCUGGUUGAGUAACGACGGCAGCCUGGUGGUCUGGGUCAACAUGGAGGACCACCUCAGACUGGUGUCGGCACGAGACGACGCCAACAUCACCGAGGCUUUUAAGUUCAUCUUCAACAACCUGCAGAAGCUGGAGGAGUCCUACAGGGAGGUCAGACACCCGUUCACCUGGAAGCAGCAGCUCGGGUGGGUCAGCAGCUCUCCGGCCGACGUGGGGACGGGUCUGAGGAUCAGAGUCCACCUCAGACUGCAACACCUACCGAGACACAAACGCCUGCAGGACGUCCUGAAGAGACUGAGGAUGUGCAUGGACACCACCACAGAAUCCCCGGCGGUGUAUUGCGUGAGCAACGUGGCGACCUUCGGCCUGAGCGAGGUGGGACUGACCCAGCUGGUGGUGGACGGGGUCAAACUGCUCGUCGCCAUGGAGAAGAGGCUGGAGGAUGGACGAGACAUCGAUGAGCUCAUUCCUACGCAGAAGUAGAUCUGGAUGAUGAUUGGCUGGAGUCAGGAGGAGAACGGAUGGACCGACCAAUCAGAUUUCAGAGUUAAACUCAGUCCAUUAUACAGCAAACACUGUUAAAUUAGGAAGAAAUGAUAAAGAUGGUUGGUGUUUACUGCUUGAAAGCUUUAAGAGUUACAGUAUGUUUUUAAAAUAUAUUCAUCAUUUUUAAGUUAACAGGAUUAUUUAUUUCAAAAUGAUCAUGUAUUUAUAAUUAGUUUAAU